CUGGAUCUUUCUGGCCUUCGUUACGGCCAGGAUGGACAUAGUUUCGGGGUCCUUGUUUCGGUACAAGAACAAGUCAUUUCCCGAGUACUCCUGGAUCUACUUCAAGCUGCUGUUUCCCAACAGUUAUCCUAACAACAAGGCGUCUUGGUUUCGGCUACUGGUCGGAAUAUGGCUGCUCUCUCUGGUAGUCAUCAUGGGCCUCCUCAACUGCACGCUCACCUCUACGAUGCUUGUGAGGAAGACAGCCGACUACGUGGACAGCUUUGAAGACCUGGUGCGCUUCCCCAAGAUCAAGAUCGCCACAGAGAAACUGACCUAUUUUUCGAGACUCCUAAAGGAUCCCGUGGGAGACACCUUCAGCAAGCUUAGCAGCCGGCACCAGGAAGUGGUCGGUAUUUACCAGGCAGGUCCGGUGCUCGAUUCGGUAAUGGACGACGUUGUCAAGCAAAAACGUGUCAUGAUCGGCACGGACGUUAUGCUCAAGUCUCACAUCGCGGACCAUUUUGUCAAGACUGGGACGUGCCGGCACCACGUGACCAAGGGAGUAGGCGGGACCAUGCACAUCGUGAUGCUCCUCCGGAAGACAUUGCCUAAAGAAUUCAAGAGGAAGCUGGAUAGAUUCAUCACACACGUGAACGAGUGUCACUUCUAUCACAAGGAGAUGGAGUGGCGCCUGCGCAACUACACCAUGUGCCAGAAUGAAAAGGACGAUGGCAUCAAGCCACUCGCAAUGGUGGACCUCCAAGGUGGAUUCGUCAUGCUUGUGGUGGGAAUCUGUGCCAGCCUGCUGGCGUUGGUUGCCGAGUGGGUGUCCGCGACUAGAAUGAUCAGGCGUCGAACACAACGGCAGAUGACACUCGGAAAUAUACGAGUCAGUGCUAUGGCCACUAAAGCGAAACAGUGAAAGUGAAUCAUUAAAUCAGAUUAGACAAGGGGCCUCAAACACGCGGCGCACGCAUAUUUCGCUAGUGAACCCGGCCCGCACAUGACUGUCUUUGUCCCAAUUUUUUUUUAUUAAGAAAUUAAGUAUGUUCAUGAGCUACACAGGUGUGACUGGUGUCAA